AUGGAUCGCCUUGAAGUGCGCGCGCUGCUGGGCGCUUCCACUGCGACGGAGCGCGCCGCGGCGCCGCCCGUGGUGCGCGGCAUCUGCGUGGACGACGCGCUGGACGAGGAGGCGUUCCUCAAGGCGCUGGAGGAGGCGCUGCAGCAGCACGCGGCGGCGCUGCAGCGGCAGUUCCUGGAGCUGAGCGCGGCGCAGGUGGACCGCCUGGCCUUCCGCCUGCACGACGCGCUGGUGCCCAAGCGCGACGCCGACACGCGCGUGGUGCAGGCGUGGACCAUCCAGCCGCAGCUGCAGCUCAAGGUCAAGGCCAGCGCGCACAUCCAGGUGCUCAAGCUCUCGACGAUCCUGCGCGAGGUGCAGCGGCUGCGGCUGCACCAGUCGCAGGCCGCAGAGACCGUCUCCGACUCGGAGCCGAGCCAGCUGCCCAUUGAGGUGGAGAUCUUCCCGUCGCUGCGGGUCAUCGAGGCCCUCAACACGGAGGUCAGGAGUCUGCGCAACGUGCACUUCUUCGCGGGCCAGCUACGGGAGCUGCACAUCGAGCACACGCAGGUGCCGACGCUGAGGCAGCUGCUGGCGCCCGACGAGAUCCAGCAGAAGCCCUGGAAGAAGCUGACCAAGCUGCAGAUGAACUGCUGCGUGCUCGAGGAGGUGGACGAGUCGGUGAACCUGCUGCGAGCGGUGCGGACGCUGGACUUGGGCUGGAACCAGGUCGAAAAGUUCGGUACGAGCAUGACGACGCGGUCGCUGGAGGUGCUGAACCUGUGCCACAACCAGCUGAAGGAGGUGCCGCCCAUCCAGUCCCUGCGCGCGUUGAGAGAGCUGGAUCUCGCGGUGAACCGCAUCACGUCGUUGAAGGGGCUGGAGAAGCUCACCGCGCUUGAGCGGCUGGAUGUUUCGCACAACUUGAUCGACGACAUUACGGAGGUGGAGCUGCUUAUGAGGCUACCGAAACUUACGUACGUGAAGAUGGAGUUUAAUCCGAUCGCUCGGCGGCCGGACUACCGCCGAGAAGUGCUCUUCUACUUGGGCGAGCCGAUCGAGCUGGACGGCCAGCGUUGGAGCGAUGCCGAGGUCAGCAGCAUGAAGAAGAGGCGCAUGCUGCUUAUGCUGGACGGAGAGAAAGAGCGCAGUGUUGUCGACAGCGGCAUCUGGGGGCAAUAUGCAGAGACCCCGACGUACCCUAAGGUGCGAGUGCAAAGUGGCAUCGUUGUCAAGAACCCGAAGCUUGUCCUCGGAUACCCAUCGUUACCUCGAUCUCAGAAUGUCCCCGCACACUACGUGGAAAUACAGAACCCGCCAUCGACGUUGCCUACAAGAAACCAGUACUUGAUGAAGACCACAGAGACUGGAGAGAAAUCCGUCGGAAACGGCCAAGGUUCUCAAACCAGUCGGCCGCCAGUUCGAUCUGUGGGCGAGUACUUCAGAACUCAGUGCGAUGUCAUCGAGGAUGACAGCGAUGACUCCACAACAGGCAAACGCCGAACUCGCAGUCGCAAAUAUACGGCAAGUGACUUCAUGCGCGACUUUGAGGAGGAGGAACUGCUCAUUAGAGAAGGCAACGAUACUGACACUGUGGACGUCCUCGUUGCCCGGCCCACUUCGCAGAGCCAGCUGUCGUCGCCUCAGAAACCUGGUCGAAGCAUCAGCGUCCGAGUACUCCUUAGUGCAAAAGAAGCGGCUGAGCUUGAUCUGCACUUUGGUAUUGAUGGUGUUCCAGCAAACGUAGAAAUCAAGCCUCGCGAAUUAAUUGAGAGAUUCACUGUCAGCGACGGUAAGGAACCGAUAGCCAUCACGCGGUGGCUCCCAGAUGUCGUCGCUGUUGGCACAUCAAUUCAUUCAAGCCGAGCUAAGAUCAUUACGAUGAAGCUGCGACCACGUGUGUCAUCAAGUGUGGCUGACGCUGCGUAUCAAUUUGACGUCAUCGCGUCGAUGGAGACGCUGCUUUCAGCCCUCGUGGCCCGCCUGUACCAGCAGAACAAGGGCCGAGUCGUAAUCUGCAACUGUGCCAAUUGUGGAGCUCUCUCGCUGCUCACACCCAAGUACCCCGAGCGAGCAGAGGCAGAUGAAGUGUUGAUGGUAUACUCGUGCUUGCUGUGCUCGAGCUGCAACGUGAGAGAAGCUUCGUUUAAAAAGCUGGUGGCGAUCUGUGCUAACGAGGGAAUUACUAUCCCGAGUAGUAUUCCACUGGCUCCACCGCCGUGGGAGACAAUUACCGAGGGCUUUUAUAUCGAGGAACCCGCAGCCACGGACACAUCUUCUGGUUCUGCUAUGCACGAAUGCAGAAUGAUUUCCAACAACGGCAUUCGCGAAGUCGCGGCUCCAUCCUUUGAGCAAACGGGUGACAAUCACGAAGUUCACAGCGAUGAGUGGAACGAUGCCAUUGUGCACGCCAUGACGACGACAAUGCGGUGA